AUGAGUCCGGCAGUGGAGAACAGCGGACCCGCUUCAAGCCAAGCUGGGGUCAAUGGGAAACACAAGCCGACUGAGAACGGGUCGCGUUCAGGGGCAGAGAAUGGCACAGAGAUACAUGAUGCUCACGGAUUGGCAUCUGGCUCACCAGAGCAAGGUCUUGGGAUUCUAGUCGAACACUCGCAGGAUGAUACGAAUGGAAAUGGCCGAAUGUCUGUUAUGAACGUGUUUGAAGGUCCGAAAAUCAAAGCUGUUCUCGCAGAGCUCGCCGAAGAUGCGUCCCAACGUCCGACCGAACAUAAGGUGCUGAAACUGUCGCCAGAGAAGAUCCAAGAUCUCACAUCAUCACCGGAGUCGAUUCCGUAUCGCGCUGAGUUACCGGACGCAGGCAGUGGCAGGAGGAUAAUGUCGGAUAACCUUCGCUCGUUGCAGGGUCUAGGUGAUCGGUCAUCAGAGAUCCCAGAUGUGACUCUGCAACCUCUCAGCGAGGUUCCCUCUUCUCCGAAUGGCCUUGCUAAGACCAGAAGGUCCAGCAAAGAUCCAAGUUCUGACGAGUUGCACGACUCGAUUCACCCACGGCAAUUGAACAAUGGUACCAUUCGCAGUCGACCACAACCAUCCCGAACCUUUUCUACUCCUGUGUCUCGGCGCACAACGCUUUCAACACCCAACAACGAGCGACUUUCACAGACAUGGGCAUCGCGUUCAAAGCAAGAUCGGGAUCUAAAAACCCAGCUCGCUGCGUCGCCUCACAUUACCGAAACACCCUUGACCUCUCCAAUUCCAUCCAUCCCUCUACCGCCCGCCUCAAUACCAACUUAUCUUCAACUUGAGCUGGCCUCUGGUCGUCCAUCGCCACUUUAUAUUCAUGGAAACGAAAAUGAGUUCCCUUAUGAAUCGUCAAGCGCAAAAAUAGAAAGACUGAUGAAUUUCUUGCUCCUUCCACCGGUGUUAGAGCAAACGAUUGGCUUCGGAAGCCUAGCAUGCCUGGAUGCAUGGCUUUACUCAUUCACGAUUCUACCUCUGCGUUUCAUUAAAGCCUUGUAUAUUCUAUGUGAAUCUUGGGUGCUUAACCUAGCAGCGGAAGCUCGGUUCUUGUGGAAAUUUGUCAUCAAUGGGGCUGGCCGUGUAUGGCGAAGGAGAAAAUACCUGCCGGAUAGGCUCCGUGAUAGACGAGAAAGCGAAUCAGAUGCCACUCGCUUGCCUAAUGGCGCGAACUCACAAGAGUCACGACACCAAGAUCCAUCAAAAAGAAGACAUCGGACCUCAGAAUCUCGCAGGCAUCAUCGAAGAAAGAAGUCCAUACCUUCGGCUCUACUUCCUGAUGACAAAGCCGAUAUUCUCACUGGGCUGCUUAUGAUUACAACAUGCUGCGCAUUGAUGUACUUUGAUGCUAGUCGGAUGUAUCACUGGAUUCGUGGUCAGGCAGCGAUCAAAUUAUACGUCAUCUAUAAUGUUUUGGAAGUGCUCGAUAAACUUCUGGCUGCACUCGGGCAGGAUGUUCUUGAGUGCUUAUUUUCGAGAGAAGCCCUUGAACGCCGGCCUAAUGGGCGAAGCAAAAUCUUCCGUCCAUUCUGGCUCUUCUUAUUGGCGUUGGUUUACACGGUUGCGCAUUCGAUAUCGCUUUUUUACCAGGUGAUGACCCUUAAUGUCGCGGUCAACUCUUACUCGAACGCCCUCAUUACGCUACUGCUAUCAAACCAGUUUGUGGAGAUCAAGUCCACUGUCUUUCGCAAAUUCGAGAAGGAGAAUCUGUUUCAGCUGACUUGCUCUGAUGUCGUCGAGCGAUUUCAGCUUUGGCUGAUGCUUACUAUCAUUGCAUCGCGUAACAUUGUCGAAACGGGCGCGUUCAACUUUAUCGGCCUCGGUUUAGCUCCCAGCUUUUCCGGGAAAUCCACGAGCACCAACAGCACCCCAUUAUCCACUCCUCCUCGUACUUCAUCCUCGAUCCUACCCCAGUCGUUCACGUUCUUUCCAUCAUCGAUUCUAUCUCUUAGUCAUGUGAACUCUUUCAUCCCGACCUUGGCGCAAGUCUUGGGCCCCUUCCUCAUUGUCUUGGGAUCAGAGAUGUUUGUCGACUGGUUGAAACACGCCUACAUCAGCAAGUUUAACAACUACCGCCCUGCACUCUAUGGUAAAUUUCUCGAUGUGCUCGCGAAGGAUUACUAUACGAACGCAUUUGCAGGCGGUGACCACAAUAUCACUCGCCGCCUCGGUUUGCCUGUCAUCCCUCUAUCCUGCAUUUUCUUCCGCGUAUCCGUGCAGACAUAUCAGAUGUUCUUGGCCUCCCUGCUCCCCCACAAUCCAUCGUCCACCGCGGCGAUCUCGAGUUUAUCCACCAUCCAGAAUCGUCAUAUACCUGCACCCCUUCCAUCCACCCCACCAUUGAGCUUCGCAACGAUUUUGCCCAAUGUCAACAUCCUCUUCCGCAAAGUCCUGGAGAACGCGAUACCCUCUCCUGCCCAGUCCGUUCAGAUCUUCACAGUGGUCCUCCUCUUGACAGCAUUCAUCGUGCUCUUGAUUCUGAAGCUUAUCUUGGGAAUGGGUUUGCUCGCUUUCGCACGCUCUCGUUAUAGGAAAAUGAAGGGCCUAGAAUCCGAGCAACGCAAAACAUCCCGCGCUUCUGCAAACCCGCAAUCCCAGCAGGAUAGUUCUAGUGAUGCUACUUUCGCACUUCGGAAAGAUGGCUUUACUGUUGAGGGAGGCCGCCGAUCUGGGCUUUGGGGAAUGGUCGAGGUUGGCGACGAGAAACGAAAAUUAAUAUAUGGUGAUGAUCCCGAGGGACUUCGCCGGGUGAAGGAGAAGGAGGAUCAAGAUAAGAACAAGGAUAAGGACUUGAAGAUAGACCAUGUUCAAAGAUACGAGAUGGUUGCUAAGAAGAUAUGGUGA